AUGGCAUUGUGCCCUAUACCCGGUUUUUCAUGGCCAGCUCCUCUCAAGCGCGUCUUGCAAUCUGCUUACCGUACCGACGAUAACCAUGGCGAAGUAUUCAUAUUCAACCCAAGUUCAGACAACGCGGACACUGGAAUGACGGUGACAUCUCUCACCCACGAAGACAUCCAAACCUCCAAUCAACCGCUCGAAACCAUGAUAACAUCAGAUUCGUUACCAGAUGCUGACCCCGCACAACUCAUUAAAGCAUUGGAAAGGCUUGUAGAGAAUUCUGCUAAAGCUCCGCAAGACGUUGGUUUGGGCGUUCAUGCACAUCCGGUGACGUUGUUCAAGAUUCCGUGGAUUGACAAGCUCGUACCGGGAUUAGAGAAAUUGGCGGCUACGUAUCAUAUCGGAAAUUUCGUCGUCAUUCGAAAGACCGGGAAACUACAUUUUGAGAGUAUGCCGAUAUAUGCCAGGAUCGGGAUGCAUUUGGUAUUCUACGGGUCAUUGCAGAUCGGGAUUCUCAAACAAAAGACAGUAGGGGCGUUUCUUAAGGAGUUGUCGGUCAGGCAAGGAAAAAUCUACGACAGUCCGGAAUCCGUGGAAUCAAUUCCUUCCUUUAUAUCAACCUAUGGGAUCAAGCUCGACCAGUUACUCGAACCCGAACUAGGAAAGUACGGUUCUUUCAAUGAAUUUUUUCACCGGAAACUGAAAGCCGGCGCGCGACCCGUUCAGAACGCGAAAGAACCGUCGAGUAUCUGUAGUAGCGCAGACUGUCGACUCGUUGUCUAUACCGACAUAGAUAAGGCGAGGGAAUUCUGGAUCAAAGGAAGAAAUUUUAACAUCCACAAUCUUCUUGACGUACCCGCUACUUCUGCCAAAGCGCGGCAGUUUGCAGGGGGUUCAAUUGCUAUCUUUCGUCUGGCCCCGCAGGAUUACCAUCGAUUUCACUGCCCUAUAGAUGGUGUCGUUGGGGAGAUUCAUGACGUUGAGGGGCAGUAUAAUACUGUGAAUCCUCAAGCGAUAAAUCAAGAGCUCGACGUUUUCACCGACAACAUUCGUUCAGUUCUAUAUCUCAAACAUACCUUUACUGGGAAGGAAGUAGCCGUUGUAGCCGUAGGGGCCCUCCUGGUGGGAAGCAUUCGAUGGACAAAAGGCACUCAAAGGGGUUCUACCGCCUGCAGAGGGGAAGAAUUAGGGUACUUUGCGUAUGGCGGAAGUACUGUGAUUGUCAUAUUCCCCGAAAGGUGUAUUGAGUUUGACGAUGAUUUACUUAAGAAUUCAAAAAAGUCACUCGAAACAUUAGUGGAGGUUGGAGAAUCUAUUGGAAGGACCCCAAAGUCUGCUCAAGCCUCAUCGCAAUGAAGAGAUUGACUCGUGGUUUGAUACGUGUCUUUGUGUAUAUAUCUGGACUCCCGAUCUUUGCACUUUCAAGGAUACCCUUUAAUCCAUCAUGGAUUCGAACAAUCCUGAGCG